AAGUUGGAGCAGAUUUAUGAACAACUUAGUUAGGUGUUCCUCUAAUUGAAUCAAUAAAGUUAUCAAAAUUAAAUUGUCUUUUUUGUUGCUGAAUAAGCUCACCGUGUCAGUAUUUAAACAUCCAAACCAGCGUGACUUGUCAUCCACUCAAUGGGCUGAGAAACUUGAUUCAAUUUGAGCUAAACUAUUAUAUUAUUACAUAGAGAAAUAUCUUCCUGACAGAACUUUCAGAAACUAUUUUCCUGAUUUCCGAGUUCCCCUUCUGAUUUUCCAGCUUAAAAGAACGCAGUGAAUCAACGAAAUGAACGAGGAUAAGAUUAAUCUAGCCGGCAAACAAGUGUCAAACAAGGCUUUUUUCAAUUUUCUGGUGGAUGUCAAGUCUUGAAAUUAAUUUUAAUCAAUGGCUAUUUCAGAGUACAAUUAUAUCUUGAACUGCUCGGCAGAAACUUAAUUUGGUCUUUAAGUAUUGCACCUUUAAAUAGUAUCCCAAUUGUCAAUAAAGGAUGAUAUAAUUGUUUAGCUAGACAACUUGUCUAAUCGACUAGUUUUUAACUCGUAUUUAAUUAUCAUGGGUUAUUAUUUAGUAUGUGUUUUUAAUAUAGUUAGACAAUUUGUUAAAUUUGUUGGAAAUUCCUGAUUCAUAAGGUGAUAGCGCUUGAUAACAAGUCAAUGCCAAAAAACGUUGAGCUCAGUAGUGGCAGUAGGACCUUGCGAGAGUUUCUUAAUCGUCAGCUGAUAAAUGUUAGGCCUAUUAUUGUUAAUGCUGAUAUCCAUCGGAAGUGCGGGAGUAGCGCUCUCAGCUUACAAACAGCCAUAUUUCUUACCAUCAAUUUUACAAUUGGAAUUGGUAUUCUCAAUUUUCCUAAAGUGUUCGCUGAUUCUGGAAACCUUACCGGCGCUUUGAUUUUGUCUGGUAUUCUUUCAGUCUUUAUUAUCGGUUCGAUUGUUAUUUUGAGCUAUUGUGUUGAUAUCUGUGGUGCAGAUAAUUACGAAGACGUUGUACGCUUUUUUUGUGGACCUUUAUACAGUGAUAUCUGUGCUGGUACAAUUGUCCUCUACAUUUUUGGAGGUUGUAUGAGUGCAUUUGUGAUAAUUGGUGAUCAAUCGGAUAGAUUGUUAGCAUCGCUUUAUGGAUCAAAUUUUUGCCAAUUCUGGUAUUUAAAUAGACAAUUUGUCGUGCCUUUGGUUGCUGUUACCCUGAUUUUACCUUUAUGCUUUGCCAAACACAUAGAGUUUUUGAAAUAUCCAAGCUUGGGUGGAGUUCUUGUCUCUGUUUAUCUAGUAUUUCUGAUAAUCAGACAAUAUUACCAAUCAACAGCUAAGUUUUCGCUUAAAUCUUCAAAUUGGACUCGAGCAACUAUUGUUAUUCCCAUCGUUUGCUAUGGUUUUCAGACUCAUCUCAACUGGAUUCCAACGUAUGUUCGGGUUAAGAAAAAGACUUUCUCACCUAAAGUGAUUGCAAUAAUUAUUAUAUCGAUGCUGAUUGCAUCCACUAGUUAUACAUUGGUGAUUAUUUAUGGCGUUUUAACAUGGCCUACAGAACAAUUGGAGUCAAAUAUAUUGAAAAACUAUGAUGCUACUGAUGAAUUUGUACUUAUUGGUGUUUUAUGUGUAAUCUUCAAAAUAAUCACAACUUAUCCUGGAACCUUCUUCUGUGCCAGAAUAACUAUUGAUAAAUGGUAUUGCAAGUUGUCUAAAGAUGCGAUCAGUUUUGACAAUCGAUUGGCUAGCACUGUAAUUAUCUGGGUCCUUACAAAUCUGGUAUUAUCCACCAAUUUUCCUGACAUUGGAAGUAUUAACGAUUUAUUGGGAACUCUUUCAAUCACUUUCAUUUUCAUUCAUCCUGGAAUGUGUCUCUUCAAAUCGAUAAAAGUCAUUAAAUAUUCUGGUCCCAUAAAAUUGAAAAGACUUCUCCAGAUUAUCUCAAUUUCUUACAUAAUCAUAGGCGUUUUUAUCGCAAUUUUAUCAAUAUACCAGUGGAUUGAUUUAUAUUUAAUAAACGAGAGGCCUAAACCACUAUCAUUGUGCACCAUUUAACAAGGCAAUCACAAUUUGACUAUCAAAGCUGCGUAUUUACACUAAUUCAAUACUGUCUACCUGUUAUCCAUCCAGAGGACCGCCAUUUUCACCAUUACAUCCAGGAUCAAUUGAUAUUGGUAACACUUGGACACUUAUAAAUUGUUUAUUUUUUCAAUUGAAAUCCAAUUUCUAGCCAAUCAACUUUUUGAUAAUAAGCGUAAACAAAACUAAAUUUGGAUGAGCGACUCAAACAACCACUUGCAUUGACAUUGAAAGUUCAAUAACAUGGAUUAGGCUUACUUCAGAUUGACACGGAGACAAGUCAAACGGUACAAAAAUCACUGCAUAAUACUCAUGAUUGUAGACACCAACCAAGGAAAUAAAAGUAACAAAUACAACAAGCUAUUCAAAAUGCAGUCUUUACUAAUCCUUCAAUUUACCCUUUCAACUCAAGGCUCAAGUUAAUUCCAUAAUUUUUGAUGGUCAUUUUGAUGAGUUAUGAUGAAAAGAAAAGGAAUAAAAAGAAAAUGAAGGUGAAAGGAUUAAUGACCUCUUGAUACUGAAUUGAAGUCAAUUUCCCAUCCCAUUACAGUUAUCUAUCAUCAUUAUAAACACAAAUUUGAAUUAUUUUGGAGGCUCAAAUUUCUUUCUCUUUUAUCAUCUUCUUACUUCCUACCUUUACCAUGAUCAUCAAAAUGAUCCAAGGUUAUAACUUUACUUUCUCCCUCUAAUUGAUUACUUCCCAGGUAACAUUAAAAAGAUGAUUGAAAUAAGAAAAAUACAGUUUAUGAUCAGAUGAUGUGACCCAUCCCUAGAUCUUGAAAUUUGACUGAAUGCUCUUCAAAUGAUGAUGAUGAGUCUCAGCCAAUAAUCACCAUUACCAACGUUAUAUAAUUGAACAUAAAAAGUAUAAAAGCUUCAUUGGAAGCUCUUCAGUUUUCAUUUCAACCACGAUCAAGAUCAAUGUUUAGUGUUUAAUAUAUAAAUACCAUUUUGUAUCCAUUCUAUGCAAUUAAACUUCUGUAAAUAUACCUUGCUUUGUUCAGUGAUUUCAAUUUUUCUCAAAUUUUAAAUUUCCCCUUCUAACUAUGGUUAAUUUCAUCUCCAUUUUUACUUGUUUACUAAUUGUCAUCAUCUCAUUUGUGGUCCAAUCAGCAGACUCAAUCCCGAUUGAUCUGGAUUUACCAAACCAUAUUGAGGAAUCGUUCAAUCAACACGCCCGGACUGGUAAAUCAUUUGAGCAGCAAUAUGAAGCUGCCUCCGCUUAUUGUGAAAAAAACCAUCGACGUAAUUAUAAAAAGUGUAUGAAAGAACGAGGUUUCUAACCAUUUUGUAAACAGUCAAGACAAGAUUAUUAAUAAAAAGAUCAAUGUUAUCU